UAUACACAUUAGCUCGACUGCCGGUGCUUAUAAACUAUACAUAGGUUAUAGCAAUAUAGGCAGUGUCGAGUAUUGGCUUGUCUCCGUAUGCUGUAUAGAUGUAGUAGGCAUCCAUAUAUAGUGGCCGGGUCCAGUUUAUGCUGAUCGGUCGGUGUUAUUGCGAUUUGAAAGAGACAGAGAGAGACGAUUAUAGGCAAGGAGCGGCGGCCGCGGCAGUGCUGCCGUAGCAUACAACACGACCAAAGGAAUCACUACAGAGCAGUUCUGCAGCUGUGGCCUGUGUCUCGUUGCUGAUCAUCGUCCUGCACUGCGCACUGCGAACCCUUGCCUGACCCGCACACCCGACGACGAGGCUCUUUUAAUCCGAUCAUUAACCUAGCCCGAGUGAGUGCUUAAAAGGGAUACUGCGGAAAAUGGCGCGAGUCGUGGCUAUCAAGGAGACCUUGGACAAAAUGCUCCAAGACGAGAACAAGCCCUGGUCCAAGUACUUGGCCUUCGCCGAGCAGAAAACCGGCGUGGACAGACUGUACAUUUUUGUCGCAUCUGUCUUAUUCUUGGCACUCUACCUAGUUGUUGGAAUAGGGCAGCAACUACUCUCAAAUGUAAUUGGCUUCACAUAUCCAGCCUACUGCUCUAUAAAAGCCAUUGAAACAAAACAGAAGGAUGAUGACACAAAAUGGUUGACCUACUGGGUAGUUUUUGCUAUUUUUACUAUUGUGGAAUAUUUUUCCGAUUGCAUAGUGGGCUGGUUCCCAGUAUACUGGCUAGCUAAGUGCUUAUUCUACGUAUGGCUUAUGGUUCCUACUGAAUACAAUGGAUCUCUUAUCUUGUACCGAAGAAUUAUUCGUCCAAAAUUCCUUCAAUAUCAACCAGACAUUGACAAUAUGUUAUCUGAGGCUAGGAAAAGUGCCAUGAAAGCAACUGGAACUCUAUUGAACACCAACAAGACAGAUUAAUUUAAAAUAUUAGAGUGUCUACUUUCCAAAUAUUAGCAAUUUUUAUAUUAAGUUCUUCUUACCCAUUCCUAAAUAAUACAAUACAAUUAUUGAAAAAUUAGA